UCAAAUCGCAGCACUCGUCGCUCUGUUCCCAGCAACGCACGCCGCCGCGCACACAGACCGUGCGCAGUCUUCUAUCUUUCUCCAAACGAUCGACACCUCGCUCUCACCUGUCACGUCAUGGCAGAUAUCUCGAAACAAGCGCUCCGCAAAGAAAUCGCCGCUAUCCUCAAGGGUGCGGAUUUGGCCGACACAUCAGCCAAAAACGUGCGCCAAGAGCUAGAAGAGAAGCUUGACUGCAAGCUUAUCGCGCGCAAGAAGGAAAUCGACGAAAUGGUCAUGGAGUAUGUAAGCAACGCGGCCGACAAAAAGGGCAAAAAGAAGGAUUCCGAGGAAGAGGAUGAGGAGGACGAGGAAGACGAGCAGGAGGAGAAAGAAACUGAAGAAGAUGAGGAUUCCGAGGAGGAUAAGAAGCCUGUAAAACGUGCUUCUUCCGCUAAGAAACCACCGGCGAAGCGCCCCAAGAAAGACUCAGACGAUUCGGACGAAGGCAGCGAUGCCUCCGGUGAUGCUUCCGAAGAAGAAUACAAACCAGUGAAGAGAGCGUCCACCGGCAAGCCGAGGGGUCGUAAACCAGCUCCCAAGAAGAAAAAAGGCUCAGACUCUGAUGGUGAUGAGGACUGGGUACAAGAGAAACCUGCUCCUCGCAAAACUGGUGCUGGUGGCGGCGCUGGAAAGGGCAAAGGCUACACCCGCCCGUUGACUCUCUCCCCUGAACUGGCUGCGCUCGUUGGACAGGAGGUGAUGGCACGACAUGAAGUCAUCAAGAAGAUGUGGUCGAUCAUCAAAGAGAAGAAUCUCUACGACCCCAAGAACAAGCAGUUCGCGAUAUGUGACGAAGCCAUGCAGAAGGUCAUCGGCGUAAAGCGCUUCCGCAUGUUCGGCAUGAUGAAGUACCUCAAGGAUCACUUCAUCGCCUAAGCUAGGCCGCGCACAUUCGUACUAACAUUUCAGACUAUUUACUACAUCUAAACAAAAAAAAAACGCGAAAACAUUUAAAAAUUUAACGGCCAGAAGUAGGAUGGAUUAAGUUUACAGUAUACAUACUUAGAUGGUAAUUUAAAUGUGCGCUGACAUUUACAGACUGUUUAGUUUUUAAGGCAAUCGCAAACAUUCACACACACACACACCCAAAAUGCAAAAUUUAAAGAAAUAUUUUGGCAAAGAAAAUUCGGUUUGUGACUUGGCGCCACGAGAAAAGUGGUGCGGAAAUAUUUGACACACUCGACAUUUAGAGGAUAAGGACUUGAGUUUUGCGAUCUAGGUAUUAAUCGAUAGAUGUGUUUAAGGAACGAAAAAAUGUAUAAUCGACGUUUUCCUCUGUGUGUGCACACUGGAGUACAUCACCUGCGAACAAAACUUUUCACUUCUAUUCGUGUGGGUGUUUUCCGUCAAUGUUCGAAACUUAAUUUACUGUGUGUAUAAUUAAUUAUUAUUUACAGGCAUCUCUUUUGCUUUGCACGCGAAGCGAAAGGGCGGUCGAAAGUCGCUACUAUUUAAUAAGAAUUCAGUUGUGUCGAAUUUUCAAAGGAUCGAUAUCGAAAACAAAUUAUAAAAGUCAUUUGUAGAAGAA